AUGGCAGCCACGAACAACACAAACGGCACCACUGCCGUAGACUCUUACUCAAUCGUCGACGAGACUGCCAAGGUCUUUCGCAAAAGUAUUUUCGAAAAUCCCUUGGUCAAGCAGCAUCUACUCAAGGAUUUGGAGAAAUAUGCAGAACCUAUCUCUUUCGCAGGUUCUCCAAAGCCAGUUCUGCCGGUGAACUGGCGAUUUGCGGAGAGUGUUUCAUCUUUGAAGGCUUUGGAGGGAACAUAUGUAAAUGCUAUCUUAGACAAGGUCUAUGGUGUGUCACCACAGAAAGCAGUGAUCAAUACGGAUCAUGCAUUACUGUUCAUUAUGUCGCUUAUGCUGUGGUCACUGGAACCAGAAGGUCGUAAUGUGACAUUUGCAGACACUCGAACUGAUCCUGCUGGAAAGGCAUUAUACAACAGCCUUUUUGCUGAUUAUGACGUUCACGGCUCCCUGUCCGGGGCAUAUCGUUGUUGUACAUCAAACAUAUACAAGACAAAAGACGACAAAUUCUAUCAUAUUCAUGGAUCGAUGAAUCCGGAUGUGAUCCUAGAUAUGCUAAGUCUGCCUCGUGUGCCUGAGGGAGAAGACACAUUUGAGAGGCAUCUACCUGCUUUCAUAGACAAGAUUGCGCAAUAUGAAAGCACCGAGUUGGAUCAUCUAUCCAACGUAGUCCUAAAGCAGGCAGGUUCUAUCAGCUAUCCCAAAGAAGGUUAUGCGCAGACCGAACAUGGAAAAGCGAAUGCCCAUGUUGGGCUUUGGGAGACGUGGAAAGCCAAUGAACACCAGGCCCCUUCUUGGUGGACUCAUGAUUCUGAUCCAUCGCGUCCUCUUGCAGGUGUCAAAGUCCUUGAUGCCACAAGAAUCAUUGCCGCUCCCAUCGCAUCCCGAGGACUGGCUGAACUCGGCGCCAGCGUGUUGCGUAUCACGUCUCCUUCGGUCCCUGAUGCAACUCUUUAUCAUCCAGAGCUGAAUUGGGGCAAGUGGAACGCGUCCUUGGACUUCAAGAAGCCUGAGGACAGAGAGACGAUGAAACAGUUGAUUAUGGAAUGUGACGUUUUUAUUUCAGGUUAUCGGCCCGGUGCAUUGGCAAAAUGGGGGUUCGAUGCCGAUGAUGUUCUGGAGAUGACGAAGGGCCGUGAGAAAGGAAUCAUCGUUGUUCGCUUGAACGCGUAUGGCUGGAAUGGGCCCUUGAAAGAUCGUAGUGGGUGGCAACAGAUAUCUGAUGCUUUUUGCGGUAUUUCAUAUGAGUUUGGGCGUGCCAUGGGCCAUGAUGAGCCUGUGACCCCGGUGUUUCCAAAUACCGAUUUCUGCGCUGGAGUUUCCGGCAUCUGCAGUGUGAUGGAUGCUCUGAUUCGGCGGGGUGAACAAGGCGGGUCAUAUAAAGUGAACCUCGCCCUGGACUACUAUGCCAAUUGGCUGGUCAAAAGUGUUGGGACAUACCCCGAACCGGUGUGGAAAGAAGUAUGGCAGAAGCAUGGCGCUCCGGUAUUCCGACACUAUGACCACAUGUUGGCGAUGUUGUUCAAGGUUAUGGGUAUGCUCAAAAAGAACUCACCGGAGUUGUUUGAUGACUCUCACUUUGAGAUCCGUCAUCCGUCUCACCUCAACAUCUCCUACCGCACCGUGAAACCAGUUUUGCAAUUUCCAGAAGGACUUGUGAAGCCAGGAUUUACCGUAGGCACUAGAGGCAACGGGGUUGACAAACCUCGUUGGCCUAAGGAUUUGAAGACCGAGGUGAUUGUUUAG